GUCUGUGAGCGGCUGUUUGUGCACGUGAAGUGACUUACAGCUGCAGCUCGUGUUUUAAAAACAGCGCGAGGAGUUAGUGGGAAGCUAAAGCUAACAGCUACAGGACGUUCGGGGAAGCAGGAGUCUGUGUCGUCAGACGUUACGUUAUGUUCCUGACCUCCUGACAUGAAGUGAUGUCAGAAAGCACAAUGAUGUCACAGGUCAAAAAGACGUUUUCUCUUUUAAACCAGCGAGCCUGCUCCUGGUCCUGCUCCAGAUCCAGCUCCAGCUUCUUCACAGACUCUGACAGUGCAGGAUUAGUUCUCCAGUCUCACUCCACUGAUGUGUACCAAAAUCUGGCUCUGGAGGACUGGAUUGACGCCAACGUGGAACUGCAGGGGCGUGGCAUCUUGCUGCUAUGGAGGAAUCGGCCCGCCGUUGUCAUCGGGCGCCACCAGAACCCUUGGACUGAGUGCAACCUGCCGGUCAUGAGGAGAGCGGGCAUCCCUCUGGCUCGCAGGCGGAGCGGCGGUGGGACGGUCUUCCAUGACCUGGGCAACCUGAACCUGACCUUUUUCACUUCCAAGAAGGCGUACGACCGGCAGAGGAAUCUGAAGGUGGUCACAGACGCACUGAGGCGCCUCCGGCCCGGACUGGACGUCCAGGCCACCGACAGGUUUGACAUCUUACUGAACGGACGAUACAAGAUCUCAGGCACCGCAUCCAGACUGAGCAGGAAGUCGUCGUACCAUCACUGCACGCUGCUUCACUCUGCCGAUCGCUCCGCCCUCUCGUCCGUGCUCCGCCCUUCCUGCCCCGGCAUCCAAAGCAAUGCCACUCCCAGCGUCCCCUCGCCUGUUGCCAACCUCCUAGACCAUGCCCCCUCCCUGCAAUGGGAGGAGCUCCUGGGUGCUCUGGUGCAGCAGUAUAACACAGAGUUUGGCCUCCACUCUGCGUUGACCGACAUAGACCCAACUAAUGAGUCCAUGUUUCCUGGUGUGGGUGAGAUGGAGGUGGAGCUGCGGAGCUGGGACUGGACAUUUGGGAAGACGCCUAAGUUCACCAUGGAGACGCAGUUGGAACUGACGAAUGAGCAGCCGCCCGCUCGCUGCUCUGCUCGCUUGCAAAUGGAGGUGAAGAACGGGCAAAUCGAGAGCUGCCACUUGGACGUCCCUGUGGAGUGGCUCCCCGUGCGGCUAAGCGGCGAGCUAAGCAGUGUGCUGAUUGGGGAGAGGUUCUGUCCACAUCGAGCCGCCGCUGCCUUCAGUGCAGUGCUACGCUCAGAGAGCGGGGCAACGCACAGACGACUGCACCGCCUGUGUGACGCCAUGCUCACUGUGAUGGGCUGAGACGAGGCAAACAUCAAACACAAGUGAGAUGCUGCCCCCUGCAGGCUGCGUGCCACAUUACAGCCGGUUAAAACCUUAGAAAUGGAGGAGAUGUCUGUAUGUCUGAUGGGCAGAUCAUCUGAGCAAAAAAUCUGAUCAAUCAAUAAAGGAAAUGAUCAUCACAGCUGAGAGGUUUUCCUGGAACA